UAAAACCUAUGAAAAUGGCGCAUACGCUCUCUUCUCACACUGCUGCCCAAUCGGCUUUCUCCAUUCCUGACAGCUAGCCAAUCACAGAGCCCGCUUCAGGCUGGAAAGUAUUCAACAUGGAGACAACAGUUGAAAAGCUAGAAGCGAUGUUCCUGAAGUCAGAGGCAGACCUGGAAUACAUUGAGAAGCGACUGAAGCUGGACUUCAUCAACAACACUGCAGAGAAUGGAUCUCCCGCUGAGGAGAACCCGGCAGUGAUGCUGGAGAACCUGAGGGCCAUCAAGGCCAAACACACAGCGUUGUGCUCUCAGGUGAAGGAGAUCGCAGCUGCACAGAAAGAGUCUAUGGACUCCAUCAGAAACAACCUCAACAAUGUCAUGGAGCUGAUCCAACACUUCCAACAGACUACUGAUGUGGAGGUGCCUCCUGCUGUAGCAGCUUCUGGCCAACAGCAACCACUGAGCUGUGAGUAUGAGGAGCUGAGUGAAGCAACGUUGGAGGCGGUUCCUCUCAGUAUACGUUCCAACAUCAAGCUGGCUGACCUCAAUGUGUUCUACAAGCAGCUGCAGCAGCACUUCAAUAAAAACAACAGUGGCUACCUCAGUGUGCAGAAGAUGAAGCAGUUGAAGAUGAAGGUGAGCGAUGCCAAGGUGAAGGUCCUGCAGCACCUCUCUUUAGUCGAGCUGGAUAGGAAAGGGUACAUUCGUCUUGUGAUGUGAGGUGGAUUAACAACUGGAGACUGUUGAUAGGGUGGGUGUUGUCACAGUGUGUGCUGGGUUUGCUGAGAAGUCAACAAAAACCAAAUCUUCAGGGGGUGUUAAGUUACUCUUUAACUAGUUACAUGAUCAAAAAGUGGACCAGAUGUUGGUCUGCCACAGCAACACUGUAGAUUUUAUGGCUGUAGACUAGAUUGAUCUCAUUGAACUACAGUGACUGUGGGAGGCUUCUGAAGCUGGGUCUAGACUGGUCUCUUCUGUCCACUGACUAUCUAUCCACUGACUAUCUAUCUGCCAUAAUGGGAAUGGCUGAUAUCAGAGUAGCUCUCUUCUCAAAUGUGAGGCUCGCAUGUCAAAAUUUUAUUCUCUGUCAUAUGGUCCUUUUGUGGUAGAUGUAAAUACUUGCAAAAAAUUUGACAGCAAAUUUUUCAUAAUGUUAUGCUCUUUAUUCCUUACAUGGUCUAUGUAAAAGGGCCUUUAGAGAAUGUGCACCCUUAGUGUUAUGUAUGUAGGGCUGGGUAUUGAACCUCACUCAAUACUUUUUUGGUACUGAACAAAAUGUGUUCUGAGUUUUGUCAAAAACUGAAGGUUUACAACAAGUCUGCUCAGAUUCAUAAUCUUGUUUACUUAUUCUUUAAUUAGAUAUUCCCUGAGGAAUAUAAAAACAUGUUUAUAUUUGUAACAGUUUAGUUUAGUAUCAAAGGGGAUACAUUUCUGUAACAAAGAUGAAACCCAAAGCAGCAGUAUUGAUGUCAUUUAUGGGCAUUAGCUGACAUAGUUUCUAACAGUCAUGUUCACAUCUAUGGACAAUUCAGAGUGUUCUUGAUGUGAGAAGAAAAAUGUUGAAGGUUUAAAUGGCAUUUAACGUAAUGUUCCUCUGAGGAGAGGAGUGCCUCUAAAAUGGAACCCUAUGGGCUGUCAGAGGAAACAAAGGUUUUUUUAAGUGGAGGGAUAGGAUUUAAAAUCAGAUAGUGUCUUUGUAUAUCAUUUUUAUUUGCACAUCUUUAAAAAGCACAAUGUAAAAUAAACACAUUUGCAGACA